UUUCUCUUUUUCUUUCAUUUCUGUUCUGGUAUUGACUGCUUUCUCUGUGCUCAGCUCCACACCUGGGUGUUUGAAUCCACCUCAGCGCUGCUCGCCUCCUCUCCCAUUAUCCCUGAAGGCAGCAUGGUAUAUAUCAAGCAGGAGGGGUCUGUCUUUGUUCGAAUUGCAGACGGCUGGCAGCAGCUCAAGUUGGAGCGGGUCUUCAAGGAUUCAGAUACCAUACCUGAAUCAUUCUUAUCUUCUGCAAAACCUCUGACUAAACCAGACCUGAAGCCUUUUCCAACUCCAGAGACCAGUCCUCCAGUGAUGGCACACACUCAUGGGCUGCGUCUUGUUGCCCUUAACGCUCCCCUGUCUGGAGACAUGUCUGGGAUCAGGGGGGCCGAUCUUCAAUGUUAUCGCCAGGCCCAGGAGGCCAGACUCCAUGGGACUUUCCGAGCUUUCCUGUCCUCUCCCACUCAGAACUUGCUGUUUCUGGUCAAGCAGUCUGAUAGGACACAGUUUCCUAUUCUCAAUUUAAGGGGUCAAAGGCUUUUCCCAAGUUGGUCGUCUUUGUUUUCAGCAAACGGGGCACAACUAGGUGCCAACAUCCCUUUGUACUCAUUCAAUGGAGUUAAUGUUCUUCAGGACCCAUUUUGGCCUUACAAAGCAGUCUGGCAUGGGGCCACACCUCUCGGCAAAUCAGUGCCCUGGCAGACAUGCGAUGACUGGCGAAGAAGCACCAGGACAGGUCUGGCUGGCACACUUCAGGGGGGCAGUUCCUUCCUGACAGGUCGGCCUGUCGCUUGCAGCACUCCGCUGAUUGUGCUGUGCAUCGAGAACGCCUAUCCAUACAGUUACAUGUGGUGA